ACGUGUAUAACGUCUAUAGACGAUAAAUAUUGAAAACUUUCUCUAAAUUCUUAUCAGAUUAUUUAUUUCUACCCAUUUUCACCAAUAUCACCACACAAAAAAAGGUCCAAAAACUAUCUUUCUUGAAUCUUUAUUAGAAACAGAGAAAAAUAUAUCUAUGGAUUGUUCUUCAUUCAUAAGCACAAACGAUCUCCGAAGAAUGUUCAAGAAGCUCGACAAGAACCAAGACGGGCUCGUGACUCUUGACGAGCUCUGUUGGAUUCUUGAGAAACUCGGUUGGGCAGAACACACUCCCGAUGAGCUUGAACUGAUCGUUGGUAAACACAGCCUCGAUCUAGACGAGUUCCUUCGGUUCUACCACGACACCGUUUUAGAUAGCAAAGGAACGAAUACCAAUAAUGAUGUUGUAAUUGUUGAUGAUGAUGAAGCGAUUGUGAGGGCGUUUAAUGUUUUCGAUGUGAACGGAGAUGGUUAUAUCUCUGCGGAGGAGCUUCGUGAUGUGUUGGAACGACUAGGAUUCGAAGAGGAGGCAAAGACGUGGGAUUGUGGAAGAAUGAUUCGAGUUCAUGACAAUCUUGAUGGUUUUGUUGACUUUGAAGAAUUCAAGAACAUGAUCUUACAUGUCUAAUGAUAUAUAUGAUAAUACACAUGUAACAUGUGUGUCUGUGUAUAGUGUAUAGUCCAUCAUCUUCCAUAUGUUUUAUGAGUUUUGCGUAAAAACUGUGAAGUAUAUAUAAUUUUGUGAUGUUUUAAUGUGCAAACUAUGUAUUUUAUUGCGAUUAAACUAUGUAAUGAAUGGCUCUUCUCACUAAGCCAUUAUAAUAUUGGACAUGUAUUAUAUGAAUGAUCUUUUUUGAGUGUGUUAGUUUUA